AUGCCAUUUUCAGAUAACUGGCCAAGCGAAAACCUAAAAAAAACCAGUGGCAGGUUUCGACUAAAAAAUAGUUAUAUCUACGGUAUCGGUGUGAUAGUUCUUUUUUGGGCUAGCCCGGAGGUCCCUUUUGAUGUUGAACAAUCGCAUCAACAACCCUAUUUUCACCCCCAACUAUGUGACUUCCAGGCUGUAUCGGCAUCAAAGUUGGCGGUAUAUCAAAUAUGGCGUCUUCGCAGGAAGAGACGGCUAGCCAUCUGGUCUACAAAUGCUUUAUUACUCAGCACCUUAUUACUCAGCACUUACGUAAUUGCAUACAAUAUUGGCGGUGAGAUUCCCUCACAUAAAACUUUAGGCUACACAUAA